AUGACCAAACAGGCGAAGAUUGUGGCCAUGACAUGUACCCAUGCAGCAUUGAACAGGAAGGAUUUUCUUCAGUUGGGUUUUAAAUAUGACAAUUUGCUUAUGGAUGAAAGUGCACAGAUCUUAGAGAUAGAGACAUUUAUUCCAAUGUUACUUCAACGACAGGAAGAUGGCUAUGCUCGGCUUAAACGUUGUAUACUGAUUGGUGAUCAUCAUCAGUUACCUCCAGUUGUAAAAAACAUGGCCUUUCAGAAAUAUAGCCACAUGGAUCAGAGUCUUUUUACAAGGUUUGUGCGAUUAGGAAUUCCAUAUAUUGAACUUAAUGCUCAGGGUAGGGCACGGCCAAGUAUUGCCAAGCUUUACAAUUGGAGGUAUAGAGAUUUAGGAGAUAUUCCUUCUGUGCAAAGAGAAGAAAUAUUCCAUAAAGCAAAUGCUGGUUUCUCUUACGAGUAUCAACUUGUAGAUGUUCCUGAUUACAAUGGAAGGGGUGAGUCAGCCCCUUCUCCUUGGUUCUAUCAGAAUGAAGGAGAGGCAGAAUAUGUUGUCAGUGUUUACAUAUACAUGCGCUUACUCGGGUACCCUGCAAAUAAGAUAUCUAUCUUGACUACUUACAAUGGUCAAAAGCUUCUGAUACGUGAUGUCAUCAAGGGGCAGUGCACAAAUGGUAUUGGUCCACCAAGCAAGGUUACAACAGUUGACAAAUUUCAAGGUCAGCAAAAUGACUAUAUUUUAUUGUCCCUUGUUUUGUGGGUCACCUGUGGAGAGUGGCACAAUCGAAGAGCCCUCUACCGCCACCAACAUGCAGGAAGAAAGUGAGGAAAAGGAUGCCACUCCCGAGAAUGGCGCGGAGGAAGACUCUAAGAUGGAAGAGUGAAGUCAAAUUGCUUGGCUUUUGAGACCAACCAGCUUGUAUUUAUAUUGAAUAUUGAUGCAUUUUCUUCCUGUACGUGAUUCGUGGCACAAGGCAUUUGUAACUAAAACGCUUCUCACUCUAUCUCCGCCUUUUGUCCUGGUGUUAAGGAUAGGAUGAGGUGAGUUACGUAUCUAACAAGUUUAAAGGUUUUGGUGCCAUUGUUGCUUCCCA